AGGGUCCAACACACACAAGAUUUUGUUGCAAAGCAUGUGAAGGAUGCAUCUCUUAAGAACAUUUCUUGUAUUUUAGUCUCUUGCUUUCCUUUGAUGUAUCAACCUGAGAAAACACAAAUCUACAAAUACACAAUUAGUCUCCUAGAGCACAAUCACAAACUUGUAAUCAACCUCCCAGUAGGUUACAGCAGUUUACAAACCUAGAGGCAAAAACCUAAGAAAGCCUGAAAACAAGACAAAGGUUGUUUGCUAUUGUAAACUAUGGCCUUUCAUAGUUUACAUCUGUUUAUUAACGCAGGCUCACAAGUUUGCGCGUCAGAAACGCAGACAGAAGACCUCAUUUUCAUAAUUGGCCUGUAGAGGUUGCACGGAGCACGUCACACCAACUCAAACGGCUAAUUAUGCAGGCAGAAACAGGCUAUUAUAGGCUACUUGUGCAACAAUUUAACUACAUUAGCCUACCAAUUGAGCGUUUGAAAAGAAUAUCGGCGAGCAAACGAUCUCAGCAACACUCACGUGUUGGUAAAACCAUGUAAUUAGGCACUGUGCAGUGAACUGCUUAUCACAUUUAUUUAUUAAACGAAGGCUAUAGGCUAUUUGCCACUUUUGUUACUUUAGCUAGCCUACAGAGCAGUCUGCAGAUGUGUCUAUAACCAUGGCUACUGGACGUGGGCAAUUUUCCCGUAGUUUUAAAGCAGGUUUGGAGAAGAACAAACCGCCUAUUCAGGACGGAGGUUCAAGAGUCAAGCACAAGAGAGGACGUUUUUCGAAAGGGGGUUCAGAGACAGUCAAGCCAACGAUGUUUUCACACAAGAUCCCAGCACGUAAAUCCUCGAUUGUCCCGGACACAUGUGCGGUCAAACCAACUCCGACGACAUGCACUCAAAACUACAUUCUGAGGAUGCCACCUGAGAUUCUGCAAAAGAUCUUGUCAUACCUGGACGUCUACUCUCUGCUGUGCAUUGAGCAUGUCAACAAGAUGUUCCACCAGCUGGCUAACAACAAUGAUAUGUGGCACCAGAUGUACCUGUCAAUGUAUGGGAGCAGGAAGAGAUGGAGGCCCAAGAUUAUAGAGAAGCAGAGUUUUGUGAAGGUCCAGGAGCGGUCCAACGGUUAUUGGAGGAGACUGUACCUCAGAACCAUGGCCAUAUGCAAAGAGAACAGGUGGAAGAGAGAUCUCAAAGACAUCAACCCCUUCACUGGGCUGCCCAGCCAGACAGAGCGAGUCCUCAGGAACCUGCAUGUGACCUGGGAUUUGACCCUGUGUGAUGAGCUGUCAGGGUGGCGGGGCACCUUUGAGCCCAUCCAUGUCUACUUCUCCACCUCGUCCGUGACGGUGUGUUGGAGUGGAGAGCACUGGCCCUCCUUCUCUCAGACUAGUCUGCAGCUCCACGGAGUCAGGAGGUCCCAUAUGCUUAAGCAUGGCUGGCGCUCCCUGAUGGUCAGGUUGGACAGAGAGACCAUCUCUGGGAGUAAGCAGAUUAUUGGCUCUGACAAGCUUGUAAACCUGGUGUUUCUUCCCCAUGGCCUCCUCAUAGGGACAUGGAGGGGUAAUUCCACCAUUGCCUUUGUCAUCGCCAACUUCCACUUUCACCGGUUGGUGGAGAGGAGUCUCCUGAGUUCUCCCUUUUGCUCGUACGCUAUGCCACACUGCAGGGACGAGGACCCCAGCUAUGAUCUCCAUAGUUACAGGCUACACAUUGUGCUCCACAAUACGGUGACCCAGAUCAUGUUGGGAUGCUUCCCUCAGCUCUCCUGUGAGAAAGGUCAGAUCCAUGGAAGGUACAUUCAUCUGACUGCCAUCAGGAAAAAUGAGUUUUCCCAGCACACCCCACUGUCUGGCAAGGUCCUGCUGCCCUGGAGGUGGGGAGUCCUACAGGGGAGUGUGGAGAACUGCUGUAUAAUGAGCCUGACUCUACUGGACCAGUCUCAGAACCCCAUGUGGUGUGUCUGCACUCCAGUCUCAAUGGUGCUAUCCUGUGGAAAGCGGAUGUCCAGGCACUACAAGGGUGAUCACUUCCUGAUACGGUAUCAGGAGCUGGAGGGAAAGGUGAAGAUGAAGCUGGUCUGGCUGGAGGAGCAAAAGCAGUUCUUCCUCAUCAGCCUCACCCUUGCCAUCACCCUGGCUAAGGUCAACAGGCACUUUGGAACAGAUGACACUGGGUGACCAUGCUCGGCUGAACGGAGCAGGAAGAGGAUUUUCUCAUCGUGGGACUAGUUUGGUGCAGUUCAAGUUUGUAGUUUUGACCAUUGCAAAGGUUGUGUAUUAUAUACACGUUAGUUUACUUUGUUCUUGCUGCAGGAUUUUUUUGGUUAAAUAUUUAGUCCUGUUUAUUGCCACUGGAUAAUUAAACAAAAAUGUUACGUGCCUGGUGUUGUGACUGCUAUCAACUACAGACACUGGUCAGUAGCAAAUAGAGCCCUAAAUACAGUUUUGUUGUUUUAGGAUGGGAUUAAGGUUAGUAGAUGGAAUAGGGUUAGUAUCUACACCUGGGGCCUGUUCUAUAAAGCGAGUUUCCCGAAUAAGCCAGGCUUAUUAUGACAAUUACUUUCCCAGACAUAAUCCUGUCUUAUUCAGUAAACUUGCUUUAUCGAGCAGUCCCCGGAUCACUUGGCUUGGUCUUCAUAUCAUAUGGCUUCUCAACUGACUCUAACCUGACAGUAACCUGUACUAGUUGGCUAUACACGUACCAGUCACUUGAACUAGUAGCUCAUACUGGAAGCUUGUAGUCAUACCCAAUAGUUAGUCUGUUUUUGUCUUCUGAAGUGCUAGGACCUACAGAGACCAGUCAGCAUUUGUAUCUUAUCAACACCAACACACUCUGGACAGGCUGCAAUAUACCUGCAUAACUGCUAUGUAAGUUUUAUGUAUGUAAAAAAAAA